GUCCCCACCUGGCCGCGCCGAGCCAUCUGGAAUCCUCCUCCUCUCUCCCCGUCUUCUCCGGCCGAUUCCUCCUGCUCCUGCCUGCAACCCCCCACCCCACUGCCGGCCGCCCCGAACCACGGAGAAGAAUCGAGGCGGUGUGAACCUCUCGAUCCUCCCCGUCGACAUGGAGAUUUGAGUCCACUUGUCAACAAUAGAGUCUGUUCUGUUUGCCCCAUUUGUUGCUGCUGCGUUGAGAAUGCAAAAGAGGGUCAGCAGACUGAUCUCGUUCCUCAUCCUGCCGCUCCUGGUGCAGCAUGCGCUGUGGUCGAGCGGGGCCAGCGACAAGAACAAGUCCAUGGUCGAGCAGCUGCAGAGGUACGGGAUCAUCCGGUCCAGCAAGGUCGCCGAGGUGAUGGAGGCAGUGGACAGGGGGCUGUUUGUCCCGCCAGGCGGCUCACCCUACUUCGACAGCCCCAUGCCCAUUGGGUACAACGCAACGAUAUCGGCGCCGCACAUGCACGCGGCCUGCCUGGAGCUCUUGGAGAAAAAUCUUCAGCCGGGGAUGCGUGCUCUCGAUGUUGGCUCAGGCACUGGAUACCUAACUGCUUGCUUUGCACUGAUGGUUGGAUCGGAAGGUCGAGCAGUUGGCGUUGAACAUAUUCCAGAGUUGGUUGCUACUUCUAUUGAAAAUAUCAAGAAAAGUGCAGCAGCCCCACAGCUAAAUGAUGGAUCUCUUAGUAUACACAUUGCUGAUGGCAGGGAAGGUUGGCCAGAGUUGGCACCCUAUGAUGCCAUCCAUGUAGGAGCUGCAGCGCCACAGAUCCCAGAGGCGCUGAUUGAGCAGUUGAAGCCUGGUGGCAGGAUGGUGAUUCCGGUCGGGACAAUGUUCCAGGAGCUCAAGGUGGUGGACAAGAAGCUGGAUGGCACAGUCAGCAUAAGAGACGAGACGUCUGUGCGCUAUGUGCCGCUUACCAGCAAGGAAGCUCAAUUGCACGCAAACUGAUUGCGCUUAAUGCGCCUUGUCAGCUCAGGCCUUCAAUGAUUCGACUGAUCGAAUCAUUUAUUGUUGUACAUAAAUCGAUCCUACUGUGUCUAGUGCGUGCACCUUGGAAAUAAUGUAAAAUGAUAUCUCAUCAUGAAGUGAUUGUUUCUGUU